CACAAGAGGCACACAAGGCACUCACGACUGUGACUACACUGCACUGUAUGACUGUCUAUAUUGUAACAAAGGAAGAUGGAGUUAGGAUUGGAUUUUGAGGAUACUGACUUCAUCGAAGAAAAGAGGACAAAUGUGAAAGAGUCAAAGCUCAGAUCAUAUAAUGCUAAAGUCUGUGGUCCAAUGUGGUUUGAAGAUGCUGAAGUGUCAGACUCAGAAACAGCAGCCAACAUUUAUAAAUUCAGGGGAGACCAGCGAUACUACAACAAACAGUAUGAAGAAGCAGUGUCGUGCUAUAAAAAGGCAUUGGAAAACCUACCUUUGUCAAACAGAUGUAUGAGACAUGAUUUAAAUGAGUCACUAGCCAGGUGCUAUGUUGCCCUUGACAAAACAGCUGAGGCUCUUGAUCUUACUCAAAGUCUGAUAAACAGUUGCACAAAUAUAGACCAAAGGACACAGACUCAUGUUCUUCUACAGCAGAUACAACACAGGCUAUGUCAUUUAGAAGAUGAGGAAACGACACUGAAACAGCUGAUCAACUUACAUCCCUUUAAUGUAGAAUUUUGGCUGAUGUUAAAACAUAGUUACUGGACGAGAUUCUGGUGUGAUGACUCUGUGAAAUGUGAACCACACAGCCAAGAGUACACAAAACUACUCACCUGUCUCGUCAGAGCUAGAUUACUUAUUAGAAGUGUAAGAACAUCCGUUGUUUCCUUUGUUAAGGAGAGGCAUCAACACCUAAUGAAACAAGUGGAAGCAGACUUAGAAAAAUUACAGCCUUCGGAGUCAUGUUUAUCAGCAGCCAAAAAGCAUUUGGGUGAGGACAUCUUUAAACUUGACAAUGCUGAGGAAGACGUCAAAGAACCAGAACAAAAUCCAAAUGUGGAUUAUCUAGACUUUGAAGAUCGCUGGUUUAAAUGGAAUUUAUAGCAUUUAAUGUUUUGUAGAACAUUUCAAUUUUGUUUCGCUUCUAAUUGCAUUAGGAAAAUAAAGGAUACAUCAUAUGACAAUUUGUCAUUUAAAAUAAAAAGAGUCAUUGCAUAAAUUGAACUACAUGUAUAUAAUGAACUUUAUAAUUUU